AUGACUGAGGAAAACUCUGGCAAACCAUAUCUAGAAGAAAGUGCUUUUGAAGCACAGGAAAAAGACUUCCAAGAAGUCAUCGAUCUACUUAAGGGAGAUAAACCUCUGGAAAAAUUCCGAGUAGAAUAUGAGAAUCUCCAUGCUGUUAUGAAGAAAUCUCAUGAAAAUGAAAGGCGUCUCAGGGAGAAGUGCAGGAAGCUGAAUGCUGAACUUGUGGUGAAUUCAUGUAAACUAGCUACGCUCACAAAACUCUCUACAGAUGAUAAGGAAACUAUAUCAUCACUGAAGGCGGAGUUUGGAAAGACCCGUGAAUUGCUAAACACAGCCUAUGAAAAGGAAUGGAAAGCAAGGGAAACGAUUAAAUCACUGCAGAAGGACAUUGCGCACCUCACAGAUUCAGUGCAGAAGAGAUCUGAACUAUCCCAGGGACAGGAGCACAAUAUCCAGAAUUUGCUAAAUCUUAAAGAAGAGCUAACAAAGGAGCAAGACCAACUCCUGUCAGAGAUCGUGAAUUUACGUCAAAGUCUAACUCAAGCCACACAAGAUAAGCAGGAUGGAGAGAGGGCAAAAAACGAGGCAGAUCAAUCUGUUAUGCAGCUUCAGCAAGAAAUCCAGCUGCAACAGAAUGAGGUAUCACGAGAGACUCGAAAGAAGGAAAGAAUGGAGAAGGAGCUGAAAAAUCUGCUAACUGAAAUGAAUAACAAGCAAGCUGAGAUCAAGAAUCUACAGCAACAUAUAGAGAAGAAUAAAGAGGAACAACUGUUAAUGAAACUCCAUAUAAUAGAGCAGAAGAUCUUGAAUGGAAAGACUGGUGAGGAACUUGAGGAAGUUCAGAAGAGAAAUGAUAACCUCAUACAAGAGAGAAAGCAGCACAAUGUGAUGCUUAAAGAGAUGAUGCGGGCUAUCCAGCAGGAGACAGCAGACCUGAAAGUCAGACGUAAAGAAGUGGCUCAGAUACGCCUUGAAAUGUCAAAGCUGAACAAAAUAAGACAUGUUCUCCAGAAUAAGAUGCGUGUUGCAGAGGAGCAAAAAGUUGAGGCAGAACAUGAGAGAACCAACCUAAAAAAUAAAAUAUCUGGACUGGAGAGAGAGUUGCAGGCUGCCGAAAAGCAGGCGGAGAUUGACAAGAAAGCUAUAGAGGAGCUUCUGAGGGAAAGGGAUAUAAUAAGCAUGAAUUUGGUGAAGGCUACCGGUGCCACUCAGAAGCAGAUAAAUUUGGUGAAGCUCCAUGAACGGGCAAAGAAGAAAUUGGAACAAGAAAUCCAAAAUUAUAAGAAAGAAGCUCAGAAACAAAGGAAGUUUAUUUACCAGUUGGAGAAGGAGAGAGAUUAUUUCAUCAGUGAAACCGAUGACCUCAAACAGAAGGUCCUCCAUAACCUGAAAGAUCGUGAAAUACAGGAAAUGCAGAUCUCUGGCUAUAUGAAGCAAAUAGAAGAGUCUGAGAUUAAAUUGAAACAGGAACAAAGGCGCUGUGAAGCUAUGGAAGCAGAGAAGAGGUUGUGCAGUAAAAAUCUGAUUGAAGCUAAGGAUGAGAUAGCAGAAUUGAUGAAGAGACUGAAAUAUGUGAUAAAUGAGAAGGAUCAGCUGAACAAGAAGAUCACAGACAAAGAAGCGGCCCUUGCUAAAGCACGUCUAGAACAUCAGCAGACAGAGAAGGAGAAAUAUAAUUUGAAAGCUGAAAUACGUAAGAUGAAGAACCAGACUCUGGAAACCAAACACUUUGUAGAAAAUCAGAAGGCAGAAGAGCAGAAACUCCUAAAAAUCAUUGCUGAAGCUGAAGCUGAGAGACUGAAGCAGAAGAAAGAAUAUGACCACGUGAUCAACGAGAGAGAUGUCCUAGGGUCCCAGCUUGUUCGGCGCAAUGAUGAAUUGGCUCUGCUCUAUGAAAAGAUAAAAAUCCAGCAGUCCAUCUUAAACAAGGGUGAAAACCAAUACCGACAGAAAAUGGAAGACAUCCGACUUCUCAAGCUGGAGAUCAAAAAACUUCGGCGUGAGAAAGGGAUACUUGGCAAGAGUGUGGCUAAUGUGAAGGAGCUCAGAGAGGAGGUUCAUCACAUGCAGAAAGAACUAUUAAGAGAACAGACUUGGUGCAAACUUUUGGAAGAAGAACUGGAGAAGCCCUUGAAUGUUCACAGAUGGAGAAAAUUAGAGGCCUGUGACCCAAGUACCUAUGAGCUGAUUGAGAAAGUACACAGACUACAGAAGCAGCUUAUCAGCAAGACAGAUGAAGUGAUAGAGAAAGAAUUGCUCCUUCAGGAAAAGGAGAAGCUGUAUGUGGAAUUGAAGCACAUCUUGGCCCGGCAGCCUGGUCCUGAAGUUGCAGAACAGUUGCGGCUCUACCAGCACACUCUGCGAGAGAAGACUAAGCAGCUGAAAGUUUUGUCCUCCGAGUUGAAUAUGUAUGAAUCACAGAGCCGAGAAUACAAAUAUGAAAUUGAAAGACUUGCCAAUGAGCUUCUGAAUGUGAAAAAUAAAUAUCUGGCUCAGAAACGCAAGGAACAACGGGCCAAGGAGAAGGAGCGAUCCUUGACUGACGCAGAGCCUGAGUUUCCACGCCACAAGUCUGAUGUUCCUCGCUUCACCGGGGGAGGCUUUGCUCUCAGCAGACCCCUUCCCAGAGUUACACCUCAGGAACGGACUGACGUCACCACAUUCCCAUUCCUAGUUUCUUUCUAA